UAUUGGCUCUACAGACCGACAUGGGGAGAUGCCAUCAGCGAAUGACAGGUAAUGACAGUCUGCUGGAGGGAAGAUCAGCAAAGAGCCCCUGGUGCUCGCCAGGUGGCCGUCAGUCCCCACCGGAUUGUGGGAGCCGGCCCCAAUUGACUUAUUAAUUUUGUUCGACUGGAGCCCAAAAAUCAGCUCACAAUUGUGUAUGUAUACGACGUGCGACGCGUUCGACCGCCCAUCGCGAAUUCUCGAACGACAGCUGGGGCCUCGGUCAAGCGUUGGAGACGAGAGUUCCACUAAGGAUCGGCUCAUAAUAUCAGCUAGGGGGCGUAAGAAACUGGUGCAGAGGCUACGCUCGGCUGUGCAACAGCACAAGGUGGGGCCGUGCCGACGAUGAGCGCCUCGAUCACUUCGGCCGGACAGCCCCCCUCUGCUGCCCCUCCGCCUUCGCCAACGUCUCUUGAUGCUGGCUGUGCACUGGCUGAUGCGACUCCAAGCUCUUCGUCGCUAGAGGCAAGAACAACCACAUCAACAGCAGCAGCAGCGUCGGCAUCACCGUCGAUGCGUGAGAUCGACGCAGAAGCGCCAGCUCCACCGUCAACGUCAACGCCGAGUCGUCUGGUAGCUGCGCUACCUCCAUCUACAACCAGUGUCACGUUCUCUCCCAGACAGCUCCUGAUUGACCACCAGUUCUUUGGAGGCGCGCUAUCCGGGAAUUGUGCUUCCAUGUCGGGCGCAAUUGCAGAUGAAGGUGCUGGGGGAGGAAGCGCUUCGCCGGGUUGUCGCCAGUCAGAUGCCUAUCUUCAAAGCGCGCUCUUACAGCGACAGACACAGGUGCAGCUCGUCAAGCGCCUGGCGCAGAUUCAAUCUAUGGCCAACCACAAAGAGCAGGCCUCGCCGCUCAGCCUCUACAAUGCAGCUACUUUUGGCACUCAAGCGUCCGAGCGGCACGACGCAGACAUGACCAAGAAAUCAUCCCUCAAUACCGCCCAGCAGCCAACAUUCAAUGACAUGCUCUUUAAUGCCUCGCCCUCUGCACCGUCCCUGUCCCUCUUACCGCCUCUCACCGUCGGUACCACCGGUGAGAUAAUCAUCGAUGAGGGCAUCGCGAGCAAAGACUUGCCCUCAUUCCUCGCCAGCAGCACGACAAAUGCAGAUAUGCCGUUGCCAGGUUUGCUGAACUCUGGUAUGGCGCUUGACAUGCAAGGCUUUCCGUCUCUACUGAGCGGGUUCAACUCCAACGGGAAUGAUAGCAGUACCAACAACAGCUUGUUGACGAGCUCUUUGCUCGACGCGGAAGAGGCAGUUGCAACAGGACACCGCAGCGCCAAUGUCAUUGCUGAGCCGGCAAGCGACAUGUCCACACCCGGCUUUAGCGCUUACUCGGUCACCUCUGCCUCUGAGCAGAAUGAGCCUUUCGCACUCAGCCCGCCCCACUCGUCCCGGUCAUUCGACGAUGAGAGCGGCAGCAGCACCAGCGCGGGUGUCGGCCACCAGAUGAUGGUGCAACAGCAAGCCUUGGCGGCGAACUUGAAUGGCAACGUCAAUGCAACCGCAGGUACAAAUUCAAGCGACUCCAAUGCGUGGACAGCAGCAGGUUCCUCCUUCCUAACUAACGCUUCGCAGACACCCACCUUGGCGACAGCACCCCAGCUGCAGCAAAACCAGCAACAACAACAACAACUACUACUACUACUACAAAAGCAACAGCAGCAGCAGCAGCAGCAGCAGCAGAUGAAUCUGCAGCAUAUGCAAGUGGCCGCACAUAUGCAAAUGCAAGCGGCUAUCGCAGCGGCUGCAGCUGCCAUGGCGCAAGCGGCACAGAAUGAGGGUGGGAAUGGAAAUGGCAACGCAGUUGGUUGCGGAGCGCAGCAGAUGGCCUUGCCGAUGAUCCCUUGGCCGUUGCCGUUGUCCAUACCACUGCCCACGGCGAGUACGCCGAUUUCUUUUUCAUCAACUGCUACUGGCGCCAGCGGCAACAGCUGUGUGACACCGCAGCAGAUCCUGCAAUUCUCGCAGUUCGGCGGCUUUGCUCCAAGCGCAUUCAUUCACCCAACAACGCAAGUGAAUACAUUGAUGCAGAUGCAGGAUGCGCUGUCCGCGGCUGGCGCUGCGUCGCUGCAGCAGGUGAGCAAGGGCGCCGCACCAGCACCGUCGAUCGGGGGCAGGGGAAAGAAGCGCCCGAACCCUGAUAGCAGCGCAGCACGCUCCCGUGCUUCGCGGUCGAGCUCAGCAGGUGGCGAUCCCGAGGCCAAAGAUAAGGAUGGCAGCAAGCCCGCCUUCUCGUCACCGGUGACCCUUUCGUCGGGAAAGCAGUGCUCUUCCAGCGCGGACGGCGGCGGCGCUUCUGCUGUCGAAGAGGAAGAUGCCAAUGGCGGACCGACCAAAAAAAUCAAAUCAGAGACGAGUCUCGCGCACAAGCUUUCGCUGCAUGCGAAGAGUUUGGCCGCCGAACCACUCAGGGCUGAGGAUAAAUGGGGCAUCCUUGAUAAGAAUGCCUUCAGCGAUCUCGAUGCCAUUCUGGCACAACUCUACGUCAGGCAGCAAGAAAGGGAUGUACUGCAAGCGGCGAAUUCUUCGAGCGUUGACGACAUGCAAGGCGACGGCUCUUCCAAUGAUGCCGAUGCUAACAGCAAAGGCGGCAAGGGCAGCCGAAAGAAAGGCUCGCGCAAGAAGAGCAAGGCCGGCGCUGAGGACAGCGACGAGGCCGACGGAGGCAAGGCGUCCCGCAAAGUUCCGCACAAUGCCAUCGAGCGGCGAUACAGGAACAACAUUAACGACCGUAUCGCCGCUUUGCGCAAUGCUGUACCCGCCCUGCGUGACCUGCGACCCAAGAGCAACGGUGGCAGCACACAGGUCCUCAAAAAGCCGAACUGGGGCAAAGGACAGCAGGGGGACCUGGUCGAUGGUGUUAGCGCUGCGACCAAGCUUAACAAGGCCACCAUUUUAGGUAAAGCGACCGAGUACAUCCAAUACCUCAAGCGCCGCGAGGUCGCGCUCGUCAGUGAGAAUGAGGGCUUGAAGGAGCUAGUGCGCUCGUUGCGCGGAGGCGAAGACGUACUCGCUGUUUGGUUGAGCGAGAUGGAACAGACGAAGAAGGAGCGCGAUGCUGAGAAGGCCCGCCUCAAGGCGUUGCAGCCUGCCGAUGCCAAGGACGAACUCGUUGGCAGCGACGAUGAAGAGAUGCGCGACAUCUCCUUCGAUGUCGACGCCGACAUGGACGCCGAUGAGGACGAAGAGGACUCUCUGCUUGCAGCUUCUCCGACGUCGUCGACAUCGGGGCAGGGCGCAUCGCGCGCUUCAGCUAGCAACUACAUGAUGGCAGCUUUCUUGGGCUUCACCUUCUUCGGCGGUGGGACCGAGCUGACGGCGUCGCAUCAUGUAGUGAACAAUGCGGCUUCUUCGCCUCCCUCAGUGGUCGACAGCGCACACGCGGCUGCCCGUCAGGCUGGCGCCACUUUGAUUGGCGCCAGUCACCAGCUGCUCAAACGUGCGAACGUCGUGCCGCCCGCAGAACACCACCUUGACCAUGUGCCGUCGCAUCUUCUCUUGUUCGAGAUUUUGCGUUUCGCCUCUUUCUUCGCCUGCAUGCUCUUUGCGAUCCUGCCUUUCGUUCGGUACAUCAGGCGGCAAGGCAAUCGCAGGACUUUCCCUGCGAUACCCACGCCAGAGCAGCAGCGCAACGCGGCGCAAAGGCUGGCAGAUGUGACAGAACGCAAGAAGGCGAUGCUUUCCACGCUCGGCGCCGAUCGGAUCAGCGCACGCGCGGUCGACAAGGUGCUGCGAGCGUUCGUCGGCGCUCCCACCACCGAUGCAGCCGCAGCCAUCGGCAUCAUCCGGGAAGUGACAGUUGCAGCGAUACCCUCGCCAAUUAUCGCGAUCUUCCGCAAGCAAGGUGCUGCUCAACCUGAUCGGGAAGAAGCGCGGGUCUGGCUACGCUUGCUGGAAGUGGAGACGGCUUGGGGACCGUUUGCUGAGCCCUCUUUGCUCAAGAAGACGCACACGAUUCUCAAGGUGCGUAACAUCCAACUCUUGGCGAGCGAUCAGGCCUGCAACCCUGCGCGCGUGCAUGCCACUAUGGCCCUCGCGCUGGGUCGCCUGGGUGCAACGGACAAUGCGAUCGGGCGCAUGAUGCGCGCCUCGGCUAUUGCACGUUGGAGGCUUGCGCAUCAGGCGCAGCUUGUUGGACUCGAAGAAGAACACAUUCUGGCGGCGAGGAAUGGUGUUGGCUUCAACGAAAGCGACUCAAUCCAUCCCUGGCUUUCCCACACUUUGCAAGUUACUCUCGAGGAGGCCCUGGCUCUAUGUCCAAGCGAAUCCGCCGCAAGCACCGCAGCGCUCACUGCAGAUGCCAACACGCGCACCUUCCUUGCAACGCCAUUGCUCCUCGUGUCUAACGUGCUGCAGAUGCAGCAGAUCCGCGCCCUAUGGUGCCAGCUCUUCCCGAGUCUCGUCAUGUGCGCGGGACCCGAGACGCUUGCGUCAAAAGACGACGACGCAGGCGGCAUCUCGGUCAAAGCUUUCAUAUCAGAAUUCAACGCAAGGCGCACAGCUGGCCUGCAACUCAUUGUGACCGAAGACGAGAACAGUCGCAUGCAAAUCACGGACAAGGUGUCACAGAUCAACCGUACGGCCGCUCGCGGAACGCCAGCGCAUGUUCUCGCCUCCAUCACGCUCGCUGCAUGGUCCUUCCUACUCGGCGACGCACACAUAGCGCAUCACGUCGCAAUGGGCUUAAAACUGGAACUUAGUCGUCCAAAGUCGAUGCUGGGAGCGUCCACCACUUGUGCCACCUUGGUGCGCCUCGUCCUCGGCGACCAAGCAAUCUUCCCAAGCUCAGACUUUGCUGCCGAUCGCAUUGCUCUUCCGGAAGAUGAUGCAACCUUCGCACUGGUCUCUGCCUCCUUGAUGUGGCUCAAAUUCCUGCGUCUCUUCGCGGCUUCAAGCCACUCGAACCACCUUGCGGCGGUAUUGGAGGAGGCGUUUUCUCUGCGUAGGGCACUCGCUCGUGCUAUUUUACCCGAGUGCCGCUCCUCGUUGGCAUUGCUGGCUAUGGAUAGCAGACCCGGCACGCCACUUCUGGGUCAGAAGUCAACGAGCCCCUCAAUCAAUGGCGAUGCAUCUAGCGACAGCGCUGCCACUCAGGAAGCGAAGGAAGCUCUCAUCGAUAUAUUGUCAAGCUUGUGCCACCACCUCGGCCAGCGUGCUGCUCAUGGAAAGCGCACGAUUGGCACCAUUUGGGAGGACUGCAGCACAAGCGAUUCUGGGCUCGACUUCGUGUGAUAUAAUCCCCAAAUCUCGUUGUAUUAUGGACUCUCUGCAUCUGGUAUUCUUUCGGU